AUGGACUCCAAGCAUGGGGAAGGCGCAUACGGUGUUGACCAUAUGACGCGGUGCAAGCAGGGUUUUGCGGAGCACAUUACUGGGCUCGUUCACACUCCCAGUCGCCUCCACGAACGUUUCUUUGCUCGGAGGACCAUUGAGAGCCAGCUGUCAAGCGAUAAGGCGGAGUCAGGGGCGGAGAUGGUCCGUAAGCUAUGGUGGCUGGACAUGAUCAUCUUUGGAGUGGGCAGCAUGGUGGGCGCCGGCGUGUUUGUCAUCACGGGGGUGGCGGCCAACGAGCUUUCAGGACCCAGUGUCAUCCUUUCCUACAUUGUGUCAGGUAUCUCGGCCCUGCUGUCAGCCUUCUGCUACACAGAGUUUGCCGUGCAGCUCCCCGUAGGGGGGGCCGCCUUCGCUUACGUGGCGCUGACGUUUGGCGAGUUCCCUGCUUACCUCACCGCGGCAAUGCUGCUCAUGGAGUACGUUUUGUCGCGCGGUCGUUUACGUCAUACCUCGCGGCGUUAUGCAACCAGGACAGUGGGAAGUUCCUGA